AUGGUUAUUACUGGUUCGGAUCAUGCUUCCAUUCAGCAACUUAAGCAACAGUUACAAGCAUCAUUUCACAUGAAAGAUCUGGGUAAUCUACAUUAUUUUCUUUGUCUUGAGGUUCAUUCUACAUCCAAGGGCAUCUUUCUCCAUCAACACAAGUAUGCUAAAGAUUUGAUUUCUAUGGUCGGUCUCGAAUCGGCUAAUCCGGUAGAUACUCCUCUUGAGGUUAAUGUUAAAUAUCAUCGUGAUGAUGGUGAUCUUUUGCCUGAUCCCUUAUUGUAUCGACAACUUAUGGGUAGCCUCAACUACUUGACUAUUACUCGCCCCGACAUAUCUUUUGUUGUUCAACAAGUAAGUCAAUUCAUGCAUUCUCCUUGCCAUCUUCAUUUGGCUGCGGUUCGUCGUAUAAUUCGCUACUUAAAGGGAACCUCUCACCGCAGAUUAUUCUUUUCCGUUGGAAUUUCUCUUCAGUUGAGUGCUUAUAGUGAUGCUGAUUGGGCAGGGUGUCCUGAUACUCGUCGAUCUAUUACUGGUUGGCGCAUGUUUCUUGGUUCUUCAUUGAUCUCUUGGAAAAGUAAGAAGCAAGCAAGAGUUUCUAAAUCUUCUACUGAAUCAGAGUAUCGUGCCAUGUCUGCUGCUUGUUCAGAAAUACUUUGGCUUCGUGGUCUUUUGGCUGAACUUGGAUUUCCCCAAACAGAGCCGACUUCACUUUAUGCUGACAAUACAAGUGCCAUUCAAAUUGUUGCAAAUCCUAUUUUUCAUGAACGCACCAAACAUAUCGAAGUUGAUUGUCAUUCAAUAGGUGACGCCUACGAUGAUCGAAUAAUAUCACUUCCUCACGUCAGUACUCAGUUGCAGGUUGCAGAUAUUCUUACCAAGGUUGUUCCACGCCCACGACAUCAGUUUCUUGUUAGCAAAUUGAUGCUCCUUGACCAGGCGUGUCAAUUUGAGGGGGGAUGUUAA